AUGGCAGUCCAGAGUGGGAGUUCGGGUCCACGGUCAAAUGAGCAGACUCCGUUGUUGAUCGAUGAGUCGAGGAGCAUUGAGCGCGAUGAUGGGAGUUCGGCAACUUUGACGGAUUCGCGGAGGAGGGAUGAAGAGGAUGGCGAGGAUGAGGACAAGGCUAAUCAGCAUGUGGGGAGAGCGAGAGGUUCGCUGAUUAUGUUGAGUUUGUGUGGGUUGAUGUUUUUGCAAGCUUCGAACUUGUCUUUGGUCACGACCACUCAGUCGAAGAUUGCGGAGGAUCUGGAUGCUUUUGCUGCGGCUAGCUGGUUUACUUCUGCCUACAUGAUUGCAAUGUCAAGUACGACGAUCUUGGCUGGCCGGCUGGCCCAGAUCUUCUCUCCGAGAUCUUGUGUCUUGGUGUCUUCGAUCUUCUUUGGAGUUGGCGGCGUCAUUGCCUCUCAAGGCAAGAGUAUGCAAGUCUUCCUGCUGGGGAGAAUUGUCCAAGGAAUCGGAGGAGGUUCAAUAAUGACGGUCUCUUUGAUUCUGGUUCUGGAGUUAUCGGCCAAGAAGAGGAGAGGCCUGCAUAUUGGCCUUGUCAACUCGGUGUUCACAAUGGGAGUCUCGUUCGGAGCGGUCAUUGCUGGUGCUUUGCUGCCAAUAACUGGAUGGCGAUUCUUGAUGUGGAUUCAGGGACCUCUUUCUCUGAUUUCUGGCAUGGGAGUCUUCUUCAGCAUCCCGACAACAUUUACCGGAGGUGAAGAGGGAGAAGGAACUAUCAGCGCCAAACUCGCUCGAAUUGAUUACCUUGGCGCUUUUACGCUCGUUGCAUCUGUGGUCCUCUUCCUCUUUGGACUCUCUUCACCCAAGAUCGAGUACAUUCCAAUCACUGUGUCGAUAUUCCUCCUUAUCGGAUUCAUUAUGAUUGAGUUCUACGUGGCCAGGACCCCGAUUAUCCCCAUUACUGUCCUGAAGAACCCUGGUGUGCUUCUAUCAUGCGUUGCGCAACUUGGCCAAAUGGCUUCAAGAUGGACGGUGCUGAUGUACGCCCCUGCCUAUGCUCUCUCGAUACGGGGCUGGAGCCCCGCUGAAGCCGGCUCGAUCCUCAUUCCAACGAAUCUUGGCUUCGCAUUAGGAGGUCUCGUGGUCGGCGGGUUUCAUGUCAGGAGAGGAGGGAGCUUUUGGCUACCAAGCGUUAUAUGCUACGCCCUCUUCAUGUGCACCUUUUUCCUACUCUCCCAGAUUUCCAACGAGCAUACUCCGACCCCGCUGUACCUUUUGGCGGUGCUUGUUAACGGUCUUUGCAUCGGGGCUUCCUUGAACUAUACUCUUGCUCAUACCCUGCACUUGGCACCGCCAUCUACCCAUUUCAUGGCUGCGUCUCUCCUCACCACGUUCCGCGCGUUCGCUGGCUCAUUUGGCUCAGCUAUUGGAGGUGGAUUGUUUGUGCGGGUCCUGAAAGCAAGACUUGAGACGGGCUUUGCAGAAAAUGGUGGCUUGGAAGGGAGAGAAGAGUUGGUGAGGAAGCUGCUUGGCAGUCCGGCUUUGGUACAGGUUUUGGAAGGAGUGGAGAAAAGAGUUGCGGUGGAUAGCUAUGUAGGGAGUUUGAACCAAUUGUUUGUUGCUGCUGGCGGACUGGCGCUGGUUAUGGUGUUUGUACAGGCUGGUACGGGGUGGAAGGCUGGCAAGGACGAAGAGAAUGAGAACGGGAACGAGACCGAGGAGGAAAGGAUGAUAGGCGUUGAGGAUGAGGAGUGGGAAGAAGGCAUGGAGCAGGGUGUAUGAUUUAUAAUGUGGAAGUGCUGGAGUUUGGGUGAUAGACAUAGACCUCGACGGCUCUACAUGUAGGAAGAUAGACUAGAUCUGGGUUCAAAGUUCCGUUGGAUGCUGCAUAAAGCACAGCCCCUGAAUUUGAGCAGACCAAAGAAAUAUAAAGGCAGUUCAUCUCAUCGUACUUGCCCUCCUUUUAGC